UCUGAACCCUGCGAGAUUUCAUGUGAAAACGCUUCCUACAGCCUCACAGCUGUGAGCUCCGUGGGCUGGAGGCAGUUGCUCUCCCUCUGCCAGGGAGCAGGAGAAUUGUACCCCAGGCUGCCCUGCAAGCGUGGGGCCUGGCCCCACAGCAUUCCCAGCCAGUGUGGCUCAGGCCUCUCCCCUCAGCUCUCCCAGCAGCGGAUCGGAGGCCUGUGGCCCACAUACCGCCAUGGCGGCCAAGCAGCCCCCGCCGCUGAUGAAGAAACAUAGCCAGACUGACCUGGUGAGCAGGUUGAAGACACGCAAGAUCCUGGGGGUUGGUGGCGAGGAUGAUGAUGGCGAGGUCCAUCGCUCCAAGAUUAGUCAAGUCCUGGGAAAUGAAAUCAAGUUUGCUGUCCGGGAACCUUUGGGGCUCAGGGUCUGGCAGCUGGUUUCUGCCGUCAUGUUUUCCGGUGUGGCCAUCAUGGCCCUGGCUUUCCCUGAUCAGCUCUACGAUACCAUCUUCAAUGAGGAGUCGGUGAGCAGCAAGACUCCCAUCCGUCUCUAUGGAGGAGCCCUCCUCAGCAUCUCCCUCAUCAUGUGGAACGCUCUAUACACGGCUGAGAAAGUCAUUAUCCGCUGGACCCUGCUGACAGAGGCGUGUUACUUUGCCGUGCAGUUCCUGGUUACCACCAUCUCCCUGGUUGAGAGCAGCCGAAUGGCCACGGGUGCUGUACUCCUCCUGGUCAGCCGAGUCUUCUUUGUUCUCAUCAGCAUUUAUUAUUAUUACCAAGUUGGACGCCGUCCCAAGAAAGUCUAAUUCCUGGGCUUUUUGUCAUGGGAAGGGUGGGAGGGGGGUUUGUGUCGGUAAUUUUGCAUUAUAAUUAUAACUUUUCUUUUGUUAGUUCCUUUUUGUUAUAAAGUGAUUUACUUCUUUUCCACUUACCGGCAUGAAUCAGUGUGUAACCCGGUGCUGGUGGCAUUGUCAGGUGAUGUGUGGGGAGAGCAGUAUCCUGUGGAACCCCCAGCAGCCCCUCUGCAGGUGGCAAGAGCAUGAGGUGGGCUCAGGGAGGCCUAGGGGGGCUCAGGGAAAGGAGCCAGGUUCCUGGAGAACUGGCUGAUGGGAUCACAGGCUCUAAAACCCUUAAACAAAGCACAAAACAAGAAACCAAAUCUCUGUCCAGUGAAGGACUUGUCUGCUCUCCUCGGUGAGUCUCACACGUGCCUCUUGGCAUGCAUCCUCGUGUGCCUGGCCCAUGUCCCUGUUAGCACGUGCUGACUGCUUGCCUGGGUGGGAGCUUGUUGAGGGUCAGUGCUGCUGAGUUUGCAGACAGCUGUUCUUCCCUUGUUGCUGGAGGUGCUAGCCCUGGUUUUAUUUUUGCACUGGGUGUUUGCAAAGCUUGGCAGGAGAGGCAGCGAAAGAAACUCCUUGCUUGUUCCCCAUGUAAGGAUAGCACUGGGAACAGUGGCACAGCUUGAACUGUACUAGGUGAGAAGUAAAGGAAGCUACUGAAAAAAGCCUGUUGAGUGGAGACAUCCCUUUGGUUAGGAUGCUUCAUGAUGUUCCUAUGCCGGCAUCCCAUCUCCUUCAUCCCAGAACACUUCUUACAGCUGCGGUUUUGCAGUAGUUUUGGUAGUGGCGACUGUGAGGCAGAGGGGAUGUGGCUUCAGUUAAGGGGGAACUGGAGUCUGUUGUGAAAGCAGUGAGCUUGUCGGACCAAAGUUUGUCCCAUUGAGGUGCUUAGGAUACUGUUUAACUGCUACAAAGAACAGCACAGGUGGAGCAGCAUAUGAAGGCAUUACUGUCAAUUAGCAAAGGACUGAAUGUGCUAUAGAGUUCACUGGCCAGUUUCUCCCACAUCUCCUGGGCUUAACAGCAUUGGGUGCCCAACUUCUUAGUGCUUUCCUUGUAGAUUAUCCCUGUCCACAGCUGGAGGCUGCAUUCUUGUUCCACGUGGGACUGAAGCCAGAAGGGCUGCAACAGGAUAUGGACUUACAGGCUACUGCUGGCAGGAUCAAAGCGAGCCCUAGAACUGAGCUGACAUCCCAAAGUCCCAGUAGAAGGAUGCCUACACAAACAGUGCUUGUGUGACCAGCAGACCUCAGAUCAGUGGUGAGACAGGGAGCUACAGCUGUUUGCUGUCUGGUACCUUCAUAGAGUUAGAAGAAGCUAGCGGGUAGUUACUGUAUGGUGUGUUUGUGUUGUUGGCGUUUAGAAGCAACUGCCUUGGUGUUGGAACACUGGAUGAUUGCAUGUGUUGGCCAUGCGAAGUGUCAGGUAAGAACACUGGGAGUAGCUGAACCAGGAAACACUGCAGCUUCUUUCUACAAAUUAAUCCAAGGCAGAGGCAAGCUGAAUGCCAGAGCUUCCUACUUUCAAGCUGCUUUCAACAAGUCCAAAACAGGGUAGCGAGCAACUAAAAUUUCUAUUUAAGAGCAGCCUUGGCUGUGCUCCCACCCUGCACACUGGCCGCAUGGGCAGCACAGUGCAUGCAGCCCAGUGCUGCAGCUGCAGUUGUUGGUAUAGGUAAGUGAAGCGUGAGUCUUUGUGUUUUGGUCACAUGAAUGUAUACACAGACUGAUUGUUGGGUUUAAGGGGUGGGAAAUAGUGGUUCUAGGAAAAAAAACAAGUAAAACUGACCAAACUAAGAGCAAUCUUACAGAAGAGGAAAUGGAGAGCCUUCUUCAUGCUGUCCUCUUCCCUUCACUUUGGCAGCAGAUGAGGAUCUUAGUUGCGUAGUGACUUUGGGGCUGUGGCUGGCUGCCUGAUCAGGAUACCUGGAAAUGCCAACUAGCAGGUGAGAGAAAUGAGUCAGUGCACUAUGUAUGUGAAAGCAGCUUUCUUAAGACUUCUUGAUGGUUAAAGAAGAUAGGGGUACCGUGAAAGCUCUCCAAUGGAGCUUUAGAUCAGAUGAGGUCAGAUUCUUCUUUAGUUCCCUGUUGUCUCUUCAAGACUUAGAACAGUGAGCCACUUCUGGUUUUGCCAUUUGAUGUCUAUCUGCAGUGUUGCCAGAAAACGAGUGUGCUUGUUUGUCAUCAGUGAUAAAGACUGGGGGGAAAAAGGGAAGGGAAUGUUGAAGCUUUUGUACCGCAUCCCUAAGGAUAGCGGUGCUGGGAUCAUGGCUGCAGGUGACAACUAAAUACAUAACUUGGGAUCAAAAGCCUGAGGCAUCACUUCAGGCUCUGAUGUGCUGAGAGAAGAUCUCCAUUGGCCUCAGUUUCCUUAUCUGUUAAAGUGUGAGAAAAGCUUUGGACUGACGUCAUCUCCCCAGGGACAGUUUGCAAUUCACGUGCUUGCAUGUGUGUAGCGCCGGGCAGGGCUGCAGGCCGUGCUCUCCAAGGGCUGUGCUCUGAGCAGGCACAGGCAGGACUGACCCUGUUCCAUGGGGGAGAACCAAACCCUUGCAUUCCUCGAGCCCUCGCUUUUGAGGGUGAAGAAAGCUUACAUUUACGGAACUCUCUGCAUCGCCUUAUUUACGCCUAACCACCAUCUGGCAAACUGGAGCUGGUGACAAAAGAGAGGUUGUCUGUCUGUCUGUCCUAAGCUGGCCAAUUCUUUCUGGUCAAGGGUUUUUACUUGGGGGGAAGGGGAGAACGGGACACUUGAGUUUAUACCUCAUUUUGGCUGCUGUAACUGACUUUAUUCUUUUCCCUUUGGUAAGAAAGUGACUGUACUUAACACCAAGCAAAUAGUGAAAAUUAAAGCCGUUUCACUUCACUGUCACAA